GAGCUAUCUAUAAAGCUCUUCACACAUGACGAAUCCUUACCUCAUGACCAUUUUGAUCUCAAUUUACACCAAGAGAAGUCGCAAUGGAAGACACCAUCCUCUUCGACUCGAUCACAUACUUUCUACUUUGCGACAUAACCAGUCUCUUUAAAGAAUUCCUUUACUGUUGUUUAGUGAUCAUCAAUCUUCUUUUCGCCGCGAUCAAGUUAAUCAUUCGAGACGAAUCUUUCGUCGAGGAGGAGGAAGAUGAAGAUGAGACGCUGCCACCCGAGCAAUGCCACAUAUGCAAGAGCCAGGAACUGACGUAUGAUGAUAUCAAAGUGGUGAUGAGCAGGCUUGGGAUGGGGGGUUGGAGAAGUGAUGGAGUGCUGGAUGGUGGAGAGGUUGACAAGUGCAAAGAAUGUGGACUGAUGGAAGGAAUUCAUAAGUUGUUGGAGGAGAAAGAAGCGAGUCUGGAGGAGUUAGAGGAGGCGUUCUACGUGUUCGACAGGAAUGAGGAUGGAUUCAUAAGCCCCAAGGAAUUAUGGAGCGUGCUGAGGAGGUUGGGAUUGGAGGGGAUGAGUCUGGGGGAUUGUGAGAGGAUGAUCGCAGUAUUUGAUGAGGAUGGUGAUGGGAGAAUUAAUUUCAGAGAGUUUAAGAGCUUGCUGGAGGGUGCUAGGUAACCCUUUCUUUCUUUUUUUUUUUUUUUUUGACAGCUCUAUACUCAGUUUGCAUGCCUUUUCCUUUUGUCAGUGCACAAAAUGUGCUUUACUUGUUCCUUUUUUCUCUGUUUUUGGGUUGUGUGUGUGUGUUUUAUUUCAGUAUCCUGCUGGAUAUGACUUUAUAGAUGUCGAGGAACAUUGAAACAAUUUCAGUGUUCUCCAUGGAAAGAGAGCAAGCUCAAAUUUAUAUGAUAAAAAGAAAUUGAUCAGAGAAGGUAGGGCAGAUGACAAACCUAUUAGCUGGGGAUUCCAUGAGUCUCCAUCGCCAAAUAACAUGUCAUUUAGCUUUCAGGAUGCAAAUGACUGGCACGUUACGAAUGUCUCACAAGAAUUCCUAUUCAGAGCCUUGAAUUAUUAAGGAUUUAAUGGCCAGCAUAUGAACCACACAAUUUUGUAGGGUAACUUCGUUGCAUGCUGAUAUCUUCAAAGAUUUACUCUUUU